CCCUCAGUUGUUGGCCUGGCACUCUGUAAGCACAGCCCAGCCUCGAAGGCUGGCAAUAAGAGCCUGCCCAAGAGGCUCCAGCAGGAGGCGCCCUCUUCCUCCACCCAACUCCCCCAGAAAAUUGGGAAGCCUGGGCCUGGGCUUGCCAUCCCAGGGUCACUGGACUAGGAUGGGGGAUGGGCCUGUGACAGGAGGUGCCCUGGGUGUCCUCUUUCGGCCCCAUGGAGUCCUCACCCAUCCCACAGUCAUCAGGGAACUCUUCCACUCUGGGGAGGGUCCCUCAAACUCCAGGUCCCUCUACUGCCAGUGGGGUCCCGGAGGUGGGGCUGCGGGACGUGGCUUCGGAAUCUGUGGCCCUCUUCUUCAUGCUCCUUCUGGACUUGACCGCUGUGGCUGGCAAUGCUGCUGUGAUGGCUGUUAUCGCCAAGACACCUGCCCUCCGAAAGUUUGUCUUUGUCUUCCACCUCUGCUUGGUGGACCUGCUGGCCGCCCUGACCCUCAUGCCCCUGGCCAUGCUCUCCAGCUCCGCCCUCUUUGACCAUGACCUCUUUGGGGAGGUCGCCUGCCGCCUCUACUUGUUCCUGAGCAUAUGCUUUGUCAGCCUGGCCAUUCUCUCAGUAUCAGCCAUCAAUGUGGAGCGCUACUAUUACGUGGUCCACCCCAUGCGCUAUGAGGUGCGCAUGACGCUGGGGCUGGUGGCCUCUGUGCUGGUGGGUGUGUGGGUAAAGGCCUUGGCCAUGGCUGCUGUGCCAGUGCUGGGAAGGGUCUCCAGGGAGGAGGGAGCUCCCAGCAUUCCCCCAGGCUGCUCACUCCAGUGGAGCCACAGUGCCUACUGCCAGCUCUUUGUGGUAGUCUUUGCUGUCCUUUACUUCUUGCUGCCCCUGGUCCUCAUCCUUGUGGUCUACUGCAGCAUGUUCCGAGUAGCCCGCGUGGCUGCCAUGCAGCACGGACCGCUGCCCACGUGGAUGGAGACACCCCGGCAACGCUCGGAGUCUCUCAGCAGCCGCUCCACCAUGGUCACCAGCUCAGGGGCCCCCCAGACCACGCCGCACCGGACGUUUGGGGGUGGGAAGGCGGCAGUGGUGCUCCUGGCCGUCGGAGGGCAGUUCCUGCUCUGUUGGUUGCCCUACUUUUCUUUUCACCUCUACGUUGCCCUGAGCGCUCAGCCUGUUUCGACUGGGCAGGUGGAGAAUGUGGUGACCUGGAUCGGCUACUUCUGCUUCACUUCCAACCCUUUCUUCUAUGGAUGUCUCAAUCGCCAGAUCCGGGGGGAGCUCAGCAAGCAGUUUGUCUGCUUCUUCAAGCCGGCCCCAGAGGAGGAGCUGAGGCUACCUAGCCGGGAGGGCUCCAUUGAGGAGAACUUCCUGCAGUUCCUUCAGGGGACUGGCUGUCCCACAGAGUCCUGGGGUCCCCGAACCCUACCCAGCCCCAAGCAGGAGCCACCUGCUGUUGACUUUCGAAUUCCAGGCCAGAUAGCUGAGGAGACCUCUGAGUUCCUGGAGCAACAACUCACCAGCGACAUCAUCAUGUCGGACAGCUACCUCCGUCCUGCUCCCUCACCUCGACCGGAAUCAUGAUGGGCUGCUGGACACUUGGAGGGAGAUGGGGCUGAGGGCCAG